ACUGACUGGCAUCACUGCUGGGCACUGACUGGCGGCACUGACUGGCACAACCGCUGGGCACUGACUGGUGGCACUGACUGGCAGCACUGCUGGGCUGCACUGGUGGGUGGCACUGGUGGGCAGCACUGGUGGGUGGGCACAGGUGGGUGGCACUGGUGGGCACAGGUGAGUGGCACUGGUGGGCACAGGUGGGUGGGCACAGUUAGGUGGCACUGCUGGGCACAGGUGGGUGCACUGCUGGGCACAGGUGGGUGCACUGCUGGGCACAGGUGGGUGAUCUGCUGGGCACAGGUGGGCGGAGUUAGUGGGCGCACUGCUGGGCGGAACUUGCGGGUGGCACUGCUGAGCACCGAU